AUGGCUCGUGAUGUGCGGACGGCGCCAGGCAUGCAGAAGAUCCCUGCGGCUGUGGGAAGCCAAGCAUUGCUGGCGCUGCUGCAGUGCCAGGGGCCUAUCAUGUUGGUGCAAGUCAAUUGGGCGGUCUACUUGCAGGAAUUCAAAGAGAAGACGUGCUUGGAGGAGGUGAGCGAUGUUGGAAGAGUCGAAAAGCAACAGAUUGCAAGGAGCAGGGAACUCUCGCAUCUAGUUCUGAAUCUGCUUGCCGAGCUGGUGGGCGUCUCGCCCGAGGAUGUCAAGCACGAUAGUGGAUUUGAUGAGCUCGGCCUGGAUUCCCUAAAUCAGAACAGGUUUGCAAGCAUGCUGACGCAGCAAACGGGCAUUUCCGUGAGUUACUUUGAUUUGGUUGACCACUACAACCUGGGGCGGCUAUGCCAGUUCUUGAUCAAGAACUCUAGCCAGAUCGGUUUGGAGUUGCUUCCACCAGAAGCGGCAAUUCCAGAAGCAGCACUCCCAGAAGCAGCAAUUGCAGAAGCAGUGCUUCCAGAAGCACAUGGCUUGCCUGACCACCAAGGAAUCUAUGACGAUGCACAUCACAUCCACGAUGCCAUGGCAAAUGCAACAGGAAGCUACGCAGGCGCUGCCAUAUCGGGAGUUGCUUUCAGAUAUCCCGGUGCUGGCGCUGACAUCACUUCCUUACACAAGUUCUGGAAUGUUCUUCAAGACAGCCAGGACUGUGUGAGUACAAUCCCAAGCGACAGGUGGGACUCUACACUAUUUCCUGCCAUUUACACUGACAGCAUUGCGCAUUUGCAGAGACUGGACCUGUUCGAUGCGACAAUGUUCCACAUUGCGCCGGACAGUGCGUUGAACAUGGACCCGCAGCUGCGUUUGAGCCUGGAGACGACGCACCAAGCGUUGCAGGACUCUGGGAUUCCUGCAAGAGGCGAAUGCACGCAGGCAGCCUCGAUUUCAGUCUUUGCAGGGUACAUGACAUCAGAUUUUGCGUUCCUAGCUGGCUUGGGUACUUCGCCACAGGUCCCGAAGGGAACUAUCUUUGGACUCUUUCCCAACCACUUGAGCCAUUCAUUCAACUUCACAGGUGCAAGCGUAUCUGUGCAAUCUGCCUGCUCCUCGUCCUUGGUUGCUGUGGACAUGGCUCUCAACGAGUUGAGGCUAGGACGGAGCCACCAAGCGGUUGCCCUAGGGGCCAACGCAAUUCUGAGCCCUGAGCUGAUGGUCCAGGCAUGCAACAUGAAGAUGCUAUCCCAAAGUGGCCGGUGUCGCAGCUUUGACCACCAAGCAGAUGGAUACGUCCGGGGCGAGGGAUGCGGAGUCAUUGUUGUGAGCCGGCACGGGUCCGGCAGCCACGGCACACUGUUGGCAGCCUUCACUGCCCAUGAUGGACGCAGCAGCAGCCUUACUGUGCCCAAUCCCCUUUCGCAGCAGCAUGUCGUUGAAGGGGCGCUCAGCACCUGUCGGAUAGAGGCAGAAGCUGUAGGCUUGUUGGAAGCACAUGGCACGGGCACGCCACGGGGAGAUCCUUUGGAGGUGAAAGCCUUGAAGGGGGUUUUUGCUUCUCGCGCGCAGCCGCUGCUGCUUGGCACCGCCAAGACCACGUGGGGACACCUGGAGGCUGCCAGUGGCAUCAUUGGGCUACACCGUGCAAUUUGCUGUUUGCGGCAUGGCUGCAUCCCCCGGCACAUUUGGCUGCGGAAGUUGAGCUCGGAGGUUGCCGACCAGCUUGGAACAGGUUGGUGCGAGAUCGUGAGUGAGCCAGUUGCUUUGCGUGAAUCAGUUGCAGGCAUCAGCAACUUCGGGCUUGGUGGCACCAACGUCCAUGCCUUGCUGGAGAAAGAACAGCUGCUGGAGACAACCGAUCGGAUGUUGCUUAAGGACGCAACUGUGGGGAGCAGCCCCUCCUUGCUUCUUGUGCUUUCCGGCCACAGUGAGACAUCCCUUUCGCAGCUGAAGGCGCAGUGGAUGUGCAAACUCAGAAGCUGUGCCAAUGCGGAUGUGUGGGAUCUUUGCUUGGCAGCUGCAGCGGGCGGCUCGCACUUUUCCAAUCGGUUUGCUGCCACGGGCCCUCUUGAUUCGCUUUUGGAAGCACUUGGAAGGAAGGACAAAGCUUCUUCUCCCCAGUCACACAUUUCCAGCGUGCGCAUCGAGUUGGAUUAUGGAGAUAUGGAGUACAGUGAUGUUCAGUGGAAUCCGUUGUUCCGCAAGCUUGUGGACUGCGGCGGUAGGGCGGUUGGUCUAAUUUGGCUUUUGCGCAUUUGGGGGGUGACCGUUCAACUGGAUGGCUUGCCAGAGCAGCACUUGGCGUUGCUCAGGGCCCAGGCAGAGAAGGUGGAUAUUGGGGGCAAGCCUGACUUCUCGCUUCUAGCUCAGGCCCAAGUCCCAGCAAUUCGCAUCCGAGCCCUUUACCUUGGACCGGAGCGACUUCCUGUGAGUGGAUUCUCUUUGUUGAGUGCUCUUUUGGAAAUGGUGGCGAAGCUUUACACCUCUGGCUACAAGCUGAACUGGGCCAACUUCGCUGCCAGCUUCAGACCGUCUCCAAUCCCUUUCUCAGUGUUUUCAUCUCUCCCCAACUACCCCUUCGACCAGCAGUCCUUUGAGCUGCGCCAACAGCCGCACUCGUUGCGCUCGCAGGCCACCCCAAUGGCUCUGGCACGCAGCGCACGGAGGUUGCCCUGGAGGCUUGAGGCCUCCUGGCCGCUGUGCCUGGAGGACGGCCACUUCCUCUUGGAGCACCGUGUGGAAGGCAGGGCCAUUCUGCCGGCUGCGCAGCAUCUCGAGUGGCUCCUGGAGGCAACCGAAAUUGACGGGGCUUUGGAGAACGUGCAGCUGGUGAGCCCGCUCUUCCUAGUCGCCGGCCGGUCAUUGGACUUCAACAUUCAGGGGCAGUGGCUGGACCCAGAGCGGUUGGAGCUGAAGGUAUUUGUAGGCGAGGCUGAGAGCAAGGAGAGAAGGCUGCUUUGCAAGGCGGUAACUGAUCAACGCUCACAACCUCCACCACAACCGCCGCAGGAUGAAGCUGGCCCGACUUUGAGCACCGCUGACAUCUACAAAGAGCUCGCAACCUUGGGGCUGAACUAUGAGGGCUCCUUCCAAGCAAUCCAAACAGCAGUCCGGAGGUCUCAGUCCAUGUGGGCCACUGUUCGUCCGGGUCCUGUGGUGACUAUUCUGGAUGCUGGCUUUCAGACCUUGGCGCUGGCAAUGCCCUCUGAGCUGAGAGGGGAUUUUGUCGUGCCUGUGCGCAUCCGCCGCGUGCAAGUGUGGGGCUCGCUGGCUGGGACUCAACGGGUCUGUGCGGUCUGGGAAGCCCAGAUGGCGGUGCCCUGGGUGCUGUUUCUCGGGGAUGGGGACAGGCCCCUAGGGAUGCUAGUGGGCGUUGAGGUGAAGGCUGUGGAGCGGAACGAGAAGCCGCUGUUGCCGAAGCCAGAGAUGCAGAGUGAGAUGCUGUUCUUCAAAGAGGUCUGGGCACCCGAGGGUGCUGAGAUGCUGGGCCUGGCAGAGGUCGAGCAAGAGAAGCUUGUUAAGGCAGCGGAGUCGGAGAUUGAGGCCAGCGACGACUUCAGACUUGAAGAGGAGAGGAGCAAAGACCUCAACACCCUUGCGCGUGCCUACAUGACAAGGAUUCUUCUGAGAGAUGGCCACUGCAGACAUUUGCAGCAGGCCCAAGUGGAAAGAUUCCGCGCAGUGCUGCGCGAUCACUGCCAACAGGAUGACCUGGCCAAGGAAUUCUGCCAAGGCAACGCCAGCGCGUGGAAGAUCGAUGCGCGGAUUCAGUUGCUUGAGGGAACCUUGCAGAGCUGCCCAGAGUCGCUCUUACUCAAAAAGUGCGGCCAGUGGUUGACUCAAAACGCAUCGCAGCCUGACCCUCAUUCUCUUUUGUUCCCCGAGGCAAAGGCAGUGUACUCCGCCGGAGUCAGUGCAACCCUGGCCCAUCGGAUCAUCGCUUCCAAGGCAGACGCGAUGUGGAGGGUUGCGCCAGAGCGAACCAGGGUCUUGGAAGUUGGAGCUGGCACAGGAGCAACGGCGAGAGCUGUUCUUGAGUCGAAGCUGCUGCCACCUACGAACUAUUGCUUCACCGAUGUCUCCAAGCACUUCCUACACGAGGCUAGGCGCGAGCUGGGGGUAUCCACUGCUGUCCUCAACAUCGAGCAGGACCCGGAGAAGCAAGGCUUCCUUGCGCACAGCUUCCACGUGGUGUUUUGCACCAACGUCCUCCACGCAACCCAGGAUCCCCAGGUCGCCCUGCACCAUGUUUGGCGGUGCUGUGCUCCCGACGCAGUGCUCGUCCUGUGCGAGACAAUGGAGAACGAUUGCUGGCUGGACCUAACCUUUGGCCUCACCGACGGGUGGUGGCGCCGUGGAAGCUCACCUUUGCUGCCCCUGGAGAGUUGGAAGAGGCUGCUGACUGCCGGCUUUGAGCCUUUCUUUUGGUCUCAAGGACGGCAGGCUGUGAUCUGUGCCCGCGCCCUGAAGCCUUUGGAGAGCCUUUCCAAGAGAAGCCGCUCCCUCAUGGUGGAGGAGAAGCCGUGGACCUCGGCAGGCUUGCAAGUUGCGCUUCGGCGGUCUUUGGCCCUUGCCGACUCCGAUGCGGAGGCCGUGGCGCCUGAGCAGGCGGUGGGCGGUCUGAAAGGAGAGGUUGACAAGCUCAUGGGUGUCAUUUUCCUAUGCGCUCUUGAGUCGAAGACCUCGGCCAACAGUCUGCCCUUGGAUGACAUGCCGAGUUACCACCAGCGCACCAGUGGAGCUUUGGUGAAGAUUCUACAGGUCCUGCCGGCAAAGGCCAAGCUUCUGGUUAUCACAAAAGGCGCUGUAGCCACCGGCCAAGAACGGGCAAUCAACUCGCACCAGGCGACGCUCUGGGGAUUGGUCCGGGGACUGGAUGCAUCGCUGCGGCAAAGGAUCUCUAUUCUCGAUUUGGAUCCAGCUGGAGACGACCAGGAAGCAGUGACCUGCGCGGCGAACUGUGCAGUGGAGCUAUUUCGCAGGGACGCAGCGGAGGUGGCCAUCCGCCAGCAGCACAUCUACCGCAGCAGGAUCGAGCCAUUGGUCGUUGGCAAAGCCUCUGCUGAGAUAGUCGGACCUUGUUUGAUUGCAGGAGGCCAAGGUGGCCUCGGCCAAGUGCUUGUGUCAUUCCUCCGAACGCUCGGUGUGGAUCAGAUCACAGUGCUCGGCCGACGUCCGGGGCACGUGAAGGAAGCAGACUUCGUGUGUGCCGACAUCAGCCAAAGGCAUACAACCGAAGCGGUUCUGCGCAGCAUGAGGCGGGGAAACAGGCUGCCAAAGAUGAUUUUUCAGUUGGCCGGUGAAUUGGCGGACAGCAGCUUGAAGCACCUCACAUGGCAGACUUUUGAAAGGCCAUUGAAGCCGAAAGUAUACGGCUCGCAGCACUUGCACGAGGUUGAGGGAGCAUCCUUGGUGCUGUUCUCCUCUAUGGCUUCCUUGCUGCCCUUCCCAGACCAGAUCAAUCAUGCGGCCGCCAAUUCUUUUCAGGAUGCCUUAGCCCACGAGAGGAGCUACGCUGGGAAGCUUGGCUUGGCCAUCAAUUGGAGCCUUUGGGCAGAGACUGGUGCUGCUUCCGAGAAGCAAAGUGCAUUGGUGCUGGGCCAGCGUUUUGGCUUUGGGGCCAUGAACAACAAGGAUGCUCUGAACUACCUCCACCAGGUCCUGAGCACUCCGCUGGUGCAGGUUGCUAUUUGUCCUGUUGACUGGAAGGCAUAUUUGAAGGCAGCUAUCACCCCAGACAGGAGACUCCAGCACCUUGAUGAGGGAGGGACAACUCGCAGGACUGGCAAGAUCCAAAGACCCGAGAUCUCAGAUGACUUGGACUUGGGCGCGGUACUCCACCAAAAACUAGUGCAGAUCCUUCAGGAUGUCAUGGGCACAGAUAUGGUGGAACUGGAUAUGGAUGAGCAAACGAGCUUUGAGACCCUGGGAAUGGACUCCAUGUACGCCAGCAGCUUUGCCUCGAGGAUUUCGUCUAUGGGGAUCGAGGUAGAGACGGCAGAUGUCUUGAGCGCACCCAACGUGAUGGCCUUGAGCCAAGCUCUCCUUGACAGGCGCGGCAAGUUGCCUGAGGUUCACACGGCUUCAAGCCUCCAGGAUUUCCCACCUCCGCCACAGGGCAUCAGCGUGGUGGGGAUGGGCAUUCGAACCUCCUCAAGCUCCACUCCGAGCGAAUUUGGAUGGCAGCUUUGGUGGGGAUGUGGAGUUUGGUCCGUGCCGUGCUCCAGACAGUCAUUGUACGAAGAUGUGCCUGGGAUCUUUGUGCGCCACGCUGGCUUGCUGGAAGACCUGGAAGCCUUUGAUGAGGAGUUCUUCGGCAUCCGAGACGAGCAACGCCUGAUGGACCCCCAGCAAAUGCUCGUCCUGCAGUGCGCGCAAGAAGCAGCAGUUCACAAGCAGCGGGAUGUGGCUGUGUUUAUUGGCGUGGGUUCCAGCGAGAAUGUGGAGAAUGCUGAUAAAAUUCUCCGGGAGAGUAGCAAAAACCAAGCAGGCCUUUGCGCGUUGGGAAACAAUCGCAGUGUUGCAGCUAAUCGUGUCUCCCACGUAUUUGGCCUCUCCGGCCCGUCAAUGUCAUUGGACACAGCCUGCUCCUCUUCGCUUUUCGCAGUGGCAACUGCAUGCAGCAGCCUACGCAAUGGUGAGGUGCACGGCAGCCUUGCCGGCGGCGUCAACGUGAUCCUAUCAGCAAAUCUGAUGAGAUGGUAUUCCUCCAUGGAAAUGAUUUCUCGUUCUGGCUGCUGCCGCAGUUUCGACGCAAGCGCAGAUGGCAUGGUUCGGAGUGAGGGUUGCGGGGUCAUUGCGCUUUCUACUUCUGAGCCACUGCACCACGCCGAGAUCUUGGGAUAUGCCACCAACCACAACGCCGGGGCGCGGCGGGCCGUGGGCGCCUCAGGCACUCGGUCUGAGGCCAUGAUGAUGCCAUCAGCCAGGGCGCAGCAGGAGCUGCUGAGGGCUGCCCUGCUUCAAGCGCAACAGCCCGAGGUGCAGCUGAUGGAAGCUCAUGGGACCGGGACGCCGCUCGGCGACCCCGAGGAGGCAGCGGCCAUCGCCGCAACAUCGCACCGGGUCUUUGUGGGCGCCGGAAAGUCGAUCUUGGGCCACCAUGAGGCAGCUGCUGGCAUUAUGGGCCUAACGAAGGUGAUCAGCUCCUUCACACGCAGGUGUGCUCCUCCAAAUCAGCACUUAAGAAUCCUGAAUGAGAACAUAGAGGCCGAAUCGCUGGAGUUCCUGAAUUCACACUUACCGCUGGGCUCUGUUGCCGCAGCUGGCGUCAACAGUUUUGGCUUCAGCGGAACAAUGCACAUGUGCUCCUGGCCCCCUCCGCUGCCAGUUUUGGCUUCAGCAAAAGCAAUGCGCAUGUGCUCCUGGCCCCCUCCGACUGCAACUCUGACCCAGCUGGCGUCGACAGCUUUGGCUUCAGCGAAACAAUGCGCAUGUGCUCCUGGCCCCCUCCGACUGCAACUCUGA